CAAAAUCUAGACGCCAAUCCGCACAUUCAUCAACACUCUCAGGUUCCAAGAGAUGAGGCUUCUCUCUUCUGCUUCGCCUGGCUUGUGCAACAUAUUUUCUAACUCCAAAAAGGGCAAUGCAAGGGGAGGAGAAUUGCAAAACCCAGUUGCCAUAAAGCACAAAGAUUCGAAAUUUCCGAUAAAGAAGUUAGCUCCGCAUCUCACGGCGGUUCUGUUUGCCGUAUCAGUGAUCUCCCAACCUGCAGAGUCGCUAGGACAAAGCCUGGACAUACAAAGAGGAGCCACCUUGUUUCAGAAAGCUUGUAUUGGUUGUCAUGAUGCAGGUGGAAACAUAAUCCAACCAGGCGCAACACUUUUCACUAGUGACCUUCAAAGAAAUGGAGUUGACACCGAGGAAGAGAUAUUCCGUAUUACCUACAAUGGAAAGGGAAGAAUGCCGGGAUUUGGGGAAAAAUGCACACCGAGAGGGCAGUGUACGUUUGGACCACGGUUGCAGGAUGAGGAAAUCAAGCUUCUGGCAGAGUUUGUUAAGUUUCAGGCCGACAAAGGUUGGCCAGACACACCAAAUGGGCAAGAGGAUUAGCAUAACUAACAUAAGAAGUAAUAGUCAUCUUAGGCAUUGAGCUCCUACAAUAUAGUUCAUACCAACUGAAGCUCAUAUCAUAUGUUUACUCAAUAUAUGGAUAUGGAAAUGAUAUUUUCAGCCUGAACGUUGUUAGAUUCUUGAAUC